UAGAUACCAGCUGAAACAGAAAACUCCAUUUUGAGAGAGAGAAACAAGAGCAGAAAUCUAGAGAGAGAAAAGCCGCCCCUCCAUUCUAUUGUCUAUGCACACAACGUUACAAAUACCAAUCAAUAUAUGAUGCUAGAUUCGAUUCUCAUAACUAUAAUUAAUCCUCACGUAUUGAAAUUAUAGAGAGUAGUUAUCAGGAUGCUUUUAUGGUGUUUAUGUUAAUUCAUUGGAUCUCGAAACCUUUCUAUCGACUUGCAUUUUGUGUUAGGUUCAACGAUUAAUUCAAAGUUCGACGCCAUAAUAGUGAAAUGAGAAAUUUGAAGAAGUAGCUGCAGAGUAGAAGCCGGAAUUUUUGGAAAAUCAAUAUUUGAAGAAAGGGAAAUAGAGGAAUGGAUGACAGAGGAGGAGGAUCAUUUGUUGCUGUGAGGAGGAUUUCGUCAGGUCUCGAUCGAGGAAAUAGUUACCACUCUAGUUCUGCAGAGGUUGUGGCAGGAUCAGCUGCAUGGCUUGGCAAAGGCCUUUCAUGUGUUUGUGUUCAAAGAGGAGAGAGUGAUGCUCACUCAUCGUUCGAUUUGACUCCUGCCGAGGAGGAAUGUCUAAAGAGGCUGCAGCAGCGGAUAGAUGUUGCUUAUGAUUGUUCAAUUCUCGAACAUCAGGAAGCUUUGAGGGCACUGUGGGAUGCUGCCUUUCCUGGGGAGGAACUUUCUGGUUUGAUAUCUGAGCAGUGGAAGGAAAUGGGUUGGCAGGGAAAAGAUCCGUCUACAGACUUCAGGGGCGGUGGUUUUAUAUCAUUGGAAAAUUUAUUAUUCUUUGCUAGGAACUUUCAGAAAUCUUUUCAAGAUCUUCUUCGAAAGCAGGAAGGUGAUAGGGCCAUGUGGGAAUACCCAUUUGCUGUUGCUGGUGUCAACAUCACAUUCAUGCUUAUUCAGAUGCUUGAUCUAGAAGCAGUAAAGCCCCGGACGGUGGUGGGAGCAACCUUCUUGAAGUUUCUUGCAGAAAAUGAAUCUGCAUUUGACCUUCUAUACUGUAUCACAUUCAAAUUAAUGGACCACCAAUGGCUUGCCAUGCAUGCUUCUUACAUGGACUUCAAUUAGACUGUGAUGAAAGCUACUCAGCGUCAGCUGGAAAGGGAGCUUCUGCAACACAUUACAUGCCUUGAAGACUUGCCCUCGUACAGCCUUCUUAGUCGGUAGUGUCUGUAGCUUGUGUCUUUGAGUUGCUUUUCCAGGAGAUGACUUUGUAAUAGUGGAGCAAAUGCCCAGAAUUUGCCUUGCUUUGAAACUUGGAAUUGUGGGUUGUUAGCUCGUGUAAUUCUUCUUCUUUUCCACCGGGCUUAGGCUCCUCCUGAUGAUUGAGAUUGGCUCGGGUCCUUAUUCUAAAUCUUUUAAUGUGGAAAAGAUUGGAAAUACGAGCUUACUUGUUAGACCAAUUCUGAGACUGGAUUGUUGAAUGGAACUGUCCUAAAGCCAUCGGACAGAAAAUAGGAGUAAUUUACACAUGCAAUGAAACUAUGCAUUUAACUUGGGUUGGCAGAGUAGUGCUUCUAAUUGUAUGUGGUACGCAGCAGAUAAUGACUUAUGAGCCACCAAAAACCGUUUGCUUGUAACUUGUUCCUCGGAGAUAUAUGCUAUGGUUCAAUUUCUAUUCAA